AUGCAAGAAAGUGUAAAAAAGGUAGGCGUCUUCGGUGGUCAAUCGGAUUAUAUUGACGGACUGGACUGCUUCAAAACGAGUUAUAAAACCGAGAAAGCAAGGGUAGAAGUAGGACCUGGUAGAUACGGCUGGUUAUAUUAUGAUCGUAAUUUGAGUAUCGUAGAAUUGUUUUUGAUAUUCAAUGUCCGCGUUGAUAGAACUUUGACAACCUACUGGGUACAUGUUAGACAAGGUCGGGGCAGCUACUGUCCAGAUUAA